AUGCCACCCGUAUAUCCUACUUCGAGUGAGUUUCAUCAAGGAGAUCACUUUGCCACCUUUCAACAAACUCAAAGUGCAUCACCCACUAAUUCAACUCAGGAUACUCCUCUUGUAUACACAUUUGCUCCCCAUAAAGCUCCAACGGUGACACAUCACACUCCGCCAGUGUACACUUAUGUCACUGCUCCACCCAUUACCAAGGCUCCAGAGUUUCAUCGCCCAGAUGUUAAUCACUAUAUUGAAAUUGAGGGGGACGGAAAAUCAAUUGAUGCUGAAAUGAUGAAUAAGAAGAUGAAAAGUUUGGAGGAUGCUUUGAGAGGUCUUCAUGGGUUCGAUAGUAGCCAGAGUGUUAGAUACGAAAAACUGUGCACAUUUCCUGAGGUUGAGUUGCCACCCGGUAACAAGAUUCCAAAGUUUGAGAAGUUUAGUGGAUCAGGAAAUCCAUUCUUUCACUUGAAAAUUUACUGUGAAAAGUUGAUUGACGUUGGAAACAACGAAGGGAUAAGAAUCAAUUUAUUCAAUCAAAGCCUAACUGGAAAAGCAUUGGAGUGGUACUCUAACCAAGAUGUAACCAAAUGGCGUACUUGGGAUGAUCUGGCGAAUGCUUUUGUGGAUCACUACAAGUUUAAUGUUGAAAUUGCUCCCGAUAGAAUUUCUAUUACCAAGCUGAAACCCAAGUCAACUGAAUGCUUUCGAGAAUAUGACAUUCGUUGGAGAGAAGAAGCUUCCAGAGUGCACCCACCUAUGGAGGAAUCGGAAAUGAUUACUUACUUCAUUCAAGCUCAAGAAUCGGAAUACUAUGAGCGAAUGGUGACUAUGGGUGGAAAAACAUUUGCUGAAGUUAUUAAGGCUGGAGAAAUGAUCGAAGAUGGUCUCAAAACUGGCAGAAUAAGGAGUUACGCCUCAUCUCAAUUUGCUAAUAGAACCUAUCAAACUGGUCCUUUUGGAAAGAAAAAGGAUAAAGAAGUUAUGAUGAUAACGACCCGAGGAGCUGCAUCAUAUAACCGUCAACCACCUCUAGGCUAUCCUAAUUAA